AUGUGGCGCCGCUCAUACCUGGGGUCUCUGAACCGACAGAGAUCAGCCCUGAUAACCGCUAUCGUGGUUCUCUUUGUCCUCUUCGAAUACCUACCGCUGCCAAGCGCCAGACCGGAUGCCCGGUUCGAGCCUUUACAAAACCGACCUCAGUAUCUCCAUCAAUCCCCGUUUCGCACGAAUCCCAACUACGAAUAUGAGACCAGACUCUCGAAUGCGCUACGCGACCUCGAGAUCGAGGGCCAACUAGGCGGCGAUGUCGGAGCUCCGGAUACAGUGUGGCAGAUAAUGUUGAUGGACAACGACAAGCGAGGCGACGAUUCCCUCGAGUUCGAGAAAAAAAACCCAGAGUGGAAGUAUUCACUCGUCAACGCCAAAUGGGCAGACAAAUUCAUAACCGAAACCUUGGCCUCAAUCCCAGAACUUGAACAUCUCUACAAAUCCUACCCAGGCUACGUCCUCCGUGGCGAUCUCCUUCGCUACCUCAUCCUCUGGUACUACGGCGGCUAUUACGCAGACGUCGAUGUAUACCCAGCAACAAGCAUAAGGACCUGUCCAUCAAUGCAAAACACACUCUUCAACCAGGACCCCAACACCGCCAUACCCAACAGCAAUAGCAACAUCUCACUGGUGAUAGGAAUAGAAAUCGACGAACCCUUCGCCUCAACGGAGAAAAUGCAAGAUUGGCACUGGGUACGGAGAUACGGAUUCCUGCAAUACACGAUGUACGCACCACAACGAUUCAGUCCCCUUCUACGAGAAAUAAUUGUGCGCGUACUAUCACACACAAAACAACACAUAGCACAGAGUCACAUCUGGGGCGCGCGAUACAACGAAAUGACAACGUUGGAGAUAACGGGACCGGGUGUAUUCACCGAUGCCGUUUUAGAUGUUCUUUCUGAAACAUUACCAUCAGACCAUCGACUCAUUCAGAAAUCCGUCGAUGCUGAUGAAGGACUGGGUGAUUUGAUUCCUUCUUAUUCGGCGUUUCCUGUGCAGCGGGUGACGUGGGCACCGUUUUAUCAGCUGAAGGAGACCCUGUGUAUUGAUGGUAGUGAGGCGAAGGAUGGGAAGAUGCUUGGCGGGCUGUGUGUUCUUCCUUUGAAUGCUUGGGGGAAUGGACAGAGGCAUAGUGGGGCUGAGGGGUUUAGUAGCCAUCAUGCUUGUAUCAAUCAUCGAUUUGGGGGGACUUGGAAGCCCUGGAGGCAGAGUUGGAGGAAGUGGUUGUUCGGUUAG